CAGGAGGCUCUGGGGGGACAUGAUCGUUCUUCUGCCAGGCGCGCACGAACGGACUCGAGUUCCGCAGCUUCCUCGGACUCGCUCGGUGGCGAAUCUGCCGUUGCGGCACACUGGGCAGGCGCGUAAGGCCCCAGCGGGAAGUUUGUGGAAUCUGCUGUGGGGAGAACGACGCCAGGGUCUCUUGGGCGACUGCGGCCAUGGCGGCAGCUGCCCCCAGUGCCGGCGGCUCCGUGCCCCAGGCGGCGGGCUCCGCCGAAGCGCCGCUGCAGUACAGCCUUCUUCUGCAGCACCUGGUGGGUGACAAGCGCCAGCCCAGGCCCCUGGAGCCCGGGAGCCUGGGCGGGAUCCCGAGCCCGACCAAGAGUGAGGAGCAGAAGAUGAUCGAGAAGGCGAUGGAAAGCUGCGCCUUCAAGGCAGCGCUGGCCUGCGUGGGAGGAUUUGUCUUGGGAGGUGCAUUUGGGGUGUUCACCGCCGGCAUUGAUACCAAUGUGGGCUUUGACCCCAAGGAUCCUUACCGGACUCCGACAGCAAAAGAAGUUCUUAAGGACAUGGGGCAGAGAGGAAUGUCCUACGCCAAAAAUUUUGCCAUUGUGGGCGCCAUGUUUUCUUGCACCGAGUGUUUGGUCGAAUCUUACCGGGGGAAGUCAGACUGGAAGAACAGUGUCAUUAGUGGCUGCAUCACUGGAGGAGCCAUUGGUUUCAGAGUUGAGGAUUCUUAGAUUUCUACCCAUGGAAACCAAAUAUAGACAUUGAAGAAAUGUUGGAUUAUCAGCUGAAAACAACGAAGAAACUAAUCUCCUGCCACUUCUCCCUGUUGGCAUUCCCGUCAGGAGUGUGGCAUAAGGGGUCAGUGACUUGGCUUUCCUAACAGUGUCCGUAGCUGGGCCACUCUGUCUGCUGUGCCCCGACUUACCCAAAGCAAAAAGCCCGUUUCCUCGUUUUCGGAGAGGCGGGAUGAUUUGCUAUCAUUAAAAACUUGCUUUUGCUCCUCAAACGGCCAUUUAAGAUUUAGAGGGCAACUUUCCCUUUGGUCUUCCCAUCGCUCAGCUCUGUCAGGGCCGUUGGGAAGCUCAGCUCACUAGGACUGCUUUGAUCACCUUCCCAGGAAUUCAUUCCAUAAACAAAUCAGGAGCAGGCCAUAUGCUUUCACUUGAUUCCAAGGACUGGUUUUCUUAACCAGUUUCCUGCCUGUGAGGAGCUGUUUUCAUGAGACUGGAAAUAUUAAUUCUUUGGAAUGAGAAAAGUUAAACGAAUGCACUGGGGUAGAUCAUGUACACGGCCUCAUUGAAGCCUCGCAGAUCUCUGACAGGCACUUAGCUGCCCUCUGUGCAUCUGUGGGUAUGCGGACGUUUUGUGAAUGCAGCCUGGCCCCG